GGCGGCGGGGCGGAGCUCGGCGGCCCCGCAGCCUCCCCCCCCCCCUCCCCGCGUACAGGCGCGGAGCCGGCGGCGGAAGCCGGGGCGGCACACGGCGGCGAGCGGGGCGGCGGGCAGCGCCAUGCGGGCGGCCGCCUGCCUCCUCUCGCUGGUGCUCUGCGCCCUGCCCGCUGCCCCAGGAGGCGCCGGGCCCGCGACAGCGGCGGCGGGGCGGCGGGGCGACGACCGCUUCGCCGAGCGACAGAGCAUCAGGCCCCUGCGGCUGGUCUCCGGCGGCGGCGGCGGGGCGCGGCGGCCGGCGCUGAGUACGCGGGUGCGGAGCGGCGCGGCGCGGACACAGUCUACCCACAUUGCUCGAGCCAGCUUCCAGGUUGAUGCUUUUGGAUCAUCUUUCAUCCUAGAUGUGACACUAAACCAUGACCUGCUGUCUUCUGAAUAUCUUGAGAGGCAUAUCGAGCAAGGUGGGAAGACAGUGGAAGUUAAAGGAGGAGAACAUUGCUAUUAUCAGGGAGAAAUUCGAGGAAAUCCUGUAUCAUUUGUUGCCUUGUCAACAUGCCAUGGAUUACAUGGGAUGUUCUAUGAUGGAAAUCAUACUUACCUUAUUGAGCCAGAUGAAAACUACACUUCAGAUGAUGACUUCCAUUUCCAUUCUGUUUACAAAUCCAAGUUGUUUGAAUUUCCUUCGGAUGACCUGCCAACUGAGUUCUGGCAAAUGAAUACUACGUCACAGAAGUUUGUUGUAAAGCCAAGACACAAAAGAAGUAAAAGGCAGGUUCGUCAGAUUCCACGUAAAAUUGAAGAGGAAACAAAAUACAUUGAGUUAAUGAUUGUAAACGAUCAUCUAAUGUGCAAAAAGCACCGCUUGUCAGUAGGCCAUACAAACAGCUAUGCUAAAUCGGUUGUGAACAUGGCAGAUUUAAUAUAUAAAGAACAACUUAACACCAGGAUAGUAUUGGUUGCCAUGGAAACCUGGGCUACUGAUAACAAGUUCACCAUAUCUGAAAACCCCUUGGUGACCCUACGUGAGUUUAUGAAAUAUAGGAGGGAUUUUAUCAGAGAGAAAAGUGACGCAGUUCACCUUUUUUCGGGGAGUCGAUUUCAGAGCAGUCGGAGUGGUGUAGCCCACACUGGUGGAAUCUGCUCCUUGCUUAAAGGCGGAGGUGUGAAUGAGUUUGGAAAGCCAGACUUAAUGGCAGUUACUCUGGCACAAACUUUGGCCCAAAACAUUGGCAUUUUCUCAGACAGAAGAAAACUUCUAAGUGGUGAAUGUAAGUGUGAGGACACGUGGUCCGGAUGCAUAAUGGGAGACACAGGGUAUUAUCUUCCAAGCAAGUUCUCCAAAUGUGAUAUUGAAGAAUAUCAUGAAUUUUUAAACAAUGGAGGUGGAGCCUGCCUUUUCAAUAAACCAACCAAACUUCUGGAUCCUCCAGAGUGCGGCAAUGGCUUUGUGGAAGAUGGAGAAGAGUGUGACUGUGGGACGAUAGCAGAGUGUGCCAGCGAAGGAGGAGAGUGCUGCAACACUUGCACCCUGACGGCAGGCUCCCAGUGCAGCAACGGGCUUUGCUGUCGCAAGUGCCGGUUUGAACCUAAAGGAGUUUUGUGCCGAGAAGCAGUGAAUGAUUGUGAUAUUGCAGAGAACUGCACAGGAAACUCCAGUCAGUGUUCUCCCAAUAUUCAUAAAAUGGAUGGAUAUUCAUGUGAUAACAAGCAGGGUAUUUGUUUUGGAGGAAGAUGUAAAACCAGGGACCGGCAGUGUAAAUAUAUCUGGGGUGAAAAAGUGACAGCUGCUGACAGGUACUGCUAUGAGAAGCUGAAUAUUGAAGGGACUGAGAAAGGAAACUGUGGAAGAGACAAAGACUCUUGGAUACAGUGCAAUAAACAGGAUGUGCUUUGUGGAUACCUUCUGUGCUCCAAUAUAUCCAGUGUGCCCAGGCUUGGAGAACUUGAUGGUGAAAUCACAUCGUCAAUCUUGCAGUUUGGAAAAGUCUACAAUUGCAGUGGCGGCCACGUGAAGCUUGAUGAGGAGACAGACCUGGGCUAUGUGGAGAAUGGGACACCAUGUGGGCCGAACAUGGUGUGCCUCGAGCAUCGCUGCCUCCCCACCGAGGCCUUCAACUUCAGCACCUGCCCAGGCACCACAGACACCCAAAUUUGUUCAGGACAUGGUGUUUGUAGCAAUGAAAUAAAGUGUGUCUGUGACCGAUUCUGGGGAGGAGAUGACUGCAGUUCUCGCAUCAAAGAUGAUAUAUUUUUUGAUAAAGAUGCCAUCAAUAAAGGUGUUGUUAGCACAAAUAUAAUAAUAGGGGCUAUUGCUGGCACCAUUUUAGUGUUGGCUCUCGUUUUAGGAAUAACUGGUUGGGGUUACAAAAACUACAGAAGACAGAGACAAAUACCCCAGGGAGAUUAUGUAAAAAAGCCUGGAGAGGCCGACUCUUUUUAUAGCGACAUGCCUCCUGGAGUCAGCACAAACUCUGCAUCUAGUUCUAAGAAGAGGUCAAAUGGAUUGUCUCAUUCCUGGAGUGAAAGGAUCCCAGACACAAAACAUAUUUCAGACAUUUGUGAAAAUGGGAGGCCUAGGAGUAAUUCUUGGCAAGGUAAUAUAGGAGGAAACAGAAAGAAAGUCAGAGGCAAAAGAUUUAGGCCACGGUCUAAUUCAACUGACAGGGUAACCCAUGCAUCUGAGCCUGGGCUUUCUCUCGCCCACCAAAUCCCGGCCCAAGGCAUAAGCCCAGGGGGUUCUGAUCACCCCCAAACAGGGAGUCGGGAUCACAGGAAGCCCAAUUGGGAGUGUUUCAUGGUUACCAACAGACCCUUUCAAAUGAAAAAAAGCAAGUCAAAAGUACUGCAGUAUUUAAACCCAUGGUUCAAAAGAGAAUAUAAUGUAGCUAAGUGGGUAGAAGAUGUGAAUAAAAACACUGAAGGACCAUACUUUAGGACACUGUCUCCUGCAAAGUCUCCAUCUUCCUCCACUGGAUCUAUUGCUUCCAGCAGAAAAUACCCUUACCCGAUGCCACCGCUUCCUGACGAGGAGAAAAAAGCCAACAGGCAAAGUGCCAGGCUAUGGGAGACGUCCAUUUAGCCGCGCUGCUUUCCUGGGGUGACAUCAGAACUGUUUACUUCGAAUUUUAUAGAAACUCAGCGUCACUGAGUCAUUGCACAUUCAUCUGCUCUUCAGACGAUUUGAAAGAUCAACAGAGAUGCCCGUGAUCACAGUGAGAACCUCCUCUCAUCUGGAAGGGAAAAAAGCAGUCUUUUUUUUUUUUUUUUUUUUUUUUUUUUUCCCCCUUUCUUUUUCCUUGACUAGUAUUUUGUGGAUUGGAUGAACAACCAGAAUCAUAGCAGGGGAUAAUGAGCCCGGACGCGACAAGGCUAUUCCACCUGAUGACAGAUACACUUACCUAGAAUCCCAGCUGCAGUCCGCUUGCCAGUCCCGCCUAAGAGAGGUUUUCUUCUGGUUUAUUGCAGUCCCGAGUCAGACCAGAGUGGAAUUGGGAGCGCGCCUCCUGGAGAUCCCAGCUGAUGUAAACUUGUACGCUGUAUGCAUGAACCUUGUGUUCUUUACUUUCCACAUGUAAGGGAUAAACAACAUACUGUAGUAGAAAUUAGCAUGCAGGAGUAAGAAAUAUAGGAUUUUUUUUGUGACAGGAUUUCAGACUUUGAAAGGCAACUAUUUGACACAAAUGUCAAACAAACAAGGAUUAUAUCUUUUUUUUUUUACCUUACAUGUUUAUAAUCUCAGUAUACAGAUUGUAUAUAUGUAAACAUUUGAUAAUGUCAAAAAUAGCUGUUAUACAUAAGUGUAUUUUGCCAAAUGCCUAAAGAAACAGUCGUGACUAACAUCAUCACACUUCAGAUUUUCUAAUAUUACAAGCAGACAUCUUUGGAAAUACAGAAAGUACAGUACUGUAAAACCGUGUCUCUCAGAAACUGGUGUUUGACCAAAAUCUAUGCUAUCUUUUCAGUAUCUUAUACUGUCUUGACAAUCUCAAUUGCGUGGUAGAUUGCAGAAACCAGUACAGCAGCACUUUGUCUUAAAUCAUCGUAAGAGGAACCAGCCAGAAUGCGUUGUUCAGUGAGACGACCGGUGUACCCUCUCGCAGGCAUCACGGAGAAUGAUUCAGCAGACAACAGAGACAGAGCCUUUAAGCAAUGUGCAGUCCAGGCUUGCUGGACAUGUGGGAAUGCUUCUAAGUAAUCAGUUCAGGAUGUGGUGGUGUGAAGUCCUCCUGGUGAGAGUCGCUGUGUAUUCUUGAUAGAGCAUUUGAGGCGCUGUUUUAGACGGCAAGGUGUAGCUUAGGAGAAGCGUAACGAUUUCGCUGCACUAGAUAAUAACAGUGCUGGGCAAGCGGCCAGUUUCAUUGCUGUCUUUUAUUUGUUGCUGGAAUCACCUUUACCAUGCGCUUGAAUGCUAUGCUUCCUGCCCCUGAAGCCCCUUUGACAAAUUUUGGGGCAUUAAACUGAGUACAAUUGAGUUUAGCCUAAAAAACCGAGGUAGGGGAUACAAACCCUUUACCAUGGAGAUGUUAAUCUUCUGCAUAAGCGGAUGGUUAGAUUUCUAACACCUGAGACUUCUAAAGGUUGUAAAACAAACGUCUUUUGAGUGGGAGUUUUCAGUCAGUAAGAAACUGGACCAUAUUAAAUCAGUUCAUAAUUCUCCAGUUCUCCAAAAUUGACUAAUAUUAGCUUCAGGUAGUACCAUUGCAGAAUAAAACACCCGAUUCCGCGUGGUGCAGUUAAAUACCUUGUCCAACAGCCGUGCGAUCAAUUAGAUAUUAUUGUGAUGGGAACAUCUACGGUGUUUCUGAAUCUUCUACCUCUUUCAUGUGUUUCCUUUAAUAAUUGAACCCGACACUUGCAGCCUUUUAAUAUAUUUUUUUAACUUUUAAGUCUCUCUAUAAAGUCAAAUAUAUGUAAGAUUAAAUUAAGAAAUGUUUAAAGAUGUCAGCAACUGUAAAGUAUGUAAGAUUUUUAGAAACACUAUAUUUUAUGUGUUGGAUUAUGACAAAAUAUUGGCCUUGAACUCGAACUACUGGAGUUCAAAUGAUUUUCCUUCACAGUCGACAGGUUCUGGUAAGUAUUUUGGAGAGAGACAAAUAUGACUGAGUACGAGUGGAUGCAGACAGACCAUCUGGAAGGAGCCAGUCACUUGUAAUUGCUUUAGGAAAAGAUUCUGCACUUUUGUGAAGAGUAAAUAUCCGUCAGCACUGAAGAAUAUUUUUUGCAAAGAUGUACUUUGAGUGUAGGUAACUGGAUUAAAGAGAGUUGGUAGCGCGUAGCUCAUGAACUUAGGGCCUGAGCCGUAACCACUUGAGAUCAAUGUGUCUUUUAUUGAUUUCACUGGACUUUGAGCAGGACCCUCAAGGAGUUCACCCACAUUAGGACAUUAUGCUUGACCCGACAGCCGCUGUGUUACUCCGUGGAAGCUGUUUUUCCCUCACACGUUAGUAUCUUGUCUUUAGUAACUGGACUGUUCAUCAUGUGCCUUUUAUGGUAUUUUGUUUGGAUACAAACUGGCAUGUAAUUUUGAAUAAUCCUGUUAGACUUCUGUGCAUAUUUUAUGUUUACCACUGUUUACUCUCCCUUUUCCGUUUUGCCUUACCAAGAAGCAGCAAGAUUUGGCAGACUGAACAGGGUGUAACAUACUGGCUCUUUGUGUAAUGUGCGUAGUUUCUUGUUUUGCAAGCAAAUGGCUCUCCUGACUGUAUUCUCAAUGUAGUGUGUACCUUCAGCUUCUUUCUCGUUUUGGUAUAAUUCAUUCGUAGCAUAUGAUGAUACAGUUCUGUGUGUAGUGUAACUCUUAACAGUCACUUCCACGUUUAGAGCUAUGUAGUGACUGGAAGUCUAGUUCUGAGCACUAAGUUUAAGUUAAAUAAAUAUUGACUUUCACUUU